AUAUUUGACAUGUUGUGUAAAAUCUACACACUGGCGUCAUUUUUUAAAUUAAUUGAUCUCAUCUGAGUGUUUGCUACUUAGGCAGAGGUGUCUAGGAGGAAAUGAAGCUUCCUGAAAUGUGUCUGAAUCUUAUCAAACCCGUUUGUUCAGAGUGGCUUUCAGGAAGUCAGGCGCUCAAAUAUGUGAAGAUAUAGAAAGGAAAAAAAGGGGAGUGUGUCUGGAGUUUGCAAAGCAGGAGUAACAGUUAAAUGAUACGAUGCUGGUUUGAAUUUCACCUGCCGAGAAGUGCUGCUGUUUCUGUGACAAUCGAAGAGCUCAAAGAGGAUUUAUUGAGCAGGAAGGAGCUGCAAUCAUGAAGAAAACAUUCAAGAGCUGAGGCUUCCUCACAAUUUUCAGAUGACGGUGAGAUCUCUGGGAGGUGGAGAGUCAGGAUGGCUGCCGUGGAAUUCCCGACUCCUGCGGGGCUGCUUUCCACCUCCACGGAGCUGGCGAUGCCCUUCUCAGAUGCGGUGAAGUAUUGCAUUCUGGGAAUUUCUGUCCUCCUCCUCCUGGUGGCGCUGAGCAUCUUGGCCUGGCAGAUCUUCAGAUGCUUCUCACAGACACACACACUGAACCCCCACCAGGACACAGUGAGCAGCGAGCUGUUGCACUCAGACGAGAAGACUUCCACAGCAGGAAACUACUCAGCAGCGCCCGGUACCAAGCUGGAAGACGUGAGAACUAAAGCUGACAGACUGAGUCGAUGUUUGUCCCUGGCCUCGUUUCCUCCAGAACUUCUCCAAACGGACCAGGACACGAGGGAGGACCAGACCACAGGAAGGGUUUGCGGCUCCCUGCGUUUCUCCAUCUUCCACGACCAGCUGCAGUCUCGGUUGGUGGUUACCUUGUUGCAGGCGGAGGGGCUUCUGGACCCGGCCCGGAGCACAAGCCUCCAACCGUUUGUCAACGUCAGACUCAUGCUGGCUGCAGCAGAACAGAAGGGCUUGAAGGGUGAAGAGAUGCCACCUGGACUGUGGACGGUGCUGCAGGAGUGGCGCUCUCGCAUUGUGAAAGGAAGCUGCAGCCCAGUGUUUGGUGACCAGUUUGGCUACAUUCUGCAGAAAAACGUGGACGAGCUCCCGCGCAUCCACCUUAGGAUGGAGGUGAGGGACUUUGAUAAAUUCUCCAGACACACCGUGUUGGGGGAGGUGAGAGUUCCUCUGGGGCAGCUCAGCAUCACCCACCCUCUGGAGCUCCAGGAGGACCUGCGAGCACCUCAGAAGGAUCUUGUUGGAGAGGUGCUGCUGUCGUUGAGGCUCCUCCCUACCUCUCAGAGGCUGGAAGUGGGUCUGCUGAAGGUCAGGAUGGCUCUCACUGAGACCUCCUCAGAAACAGCCCUGUACGCCAGGAUCAGUGUUCAGUGCAAUCAGAACAAGCUGAGGUACCAGAAGACCUCUGCGUCCCCUGCAGCCCAGGUCCUCGUGUUCUCGCUGCCGGAGCUUCCUCUGGACAGGUGUAAAGUCUUGGUUUCUGUGUUUGACAUGCAGACGAGCGGGAAAUCCAACAAACAUCUGGCGGGACGGUUGAGCGUGGGGAAGGAGAGGAGCUCCGAGGAUGAACACUGGACUCUGAUGCUGCGCUCUGUCCGACAGCCUGUUGCAAAGUGGCAUCUUCUGCUGAUUUAAGGUCUGAACAGAUGGACUGAAAGAGGAAGUGUUUCCACAUCCAGCUGCUCUAUCUGCACCUCCUCCAACAGAUGUGCAUGUUUUUCCUUUAUAACACGGCUCCUGGUGUUUUGGAGUCAGAAACAAAAUAUGGUGGUUUCUUCUUUUCUUUGUUUCUUAUUCUCAUAAAAAUGAGAAUUAACACAAAGGAGCAACGGAAUAUUUAAAGCUCUGUGAUGUUUAGGAGUUUUAACACACCCCGGCAACCAUCGACAAAACAAUUCUCACUGACCUUUUUUUAAAAGUUUAUUAUUAGCUGGAAACAAUGAAAAUGUCUAUUCUGAGCUUUGGCAUGUUUGAAUAUUUAAAGCUAUUAUUUAUUUGUCCCAGUUUAAAGUCUAAAAAAGUAACUGGUCUGGGCGGUGAACAAAUCAGCCAAUCAGAGCAGAUAGUUUCAUUUUAAACAAUAAACAGGUUGCCAUGAUGGUGACUUAGAAAAAAAAAAAGCUAAACUGUUGUGCCCAUUUCCAUCAACAUUUUAAAAAAAUGUGUUUCUUUCCAUUUAGUAAAUAAAAACACUUUGUGAUGAUUUAACAGACUUGUGUCAUAACGAUGAUUACCUUUCCAACAAAAAUACAGCAGAAAAACAAUUUAUUUAUUCUUUUAAUCUGGUAGGGGAUUGAGCUAAACUUUAUUUCCAGUUUUAAUGGCGGCUCUCUGCUGCCACCUGCUGGUUUAAAUGCAUAUUUUGUAAAAAGGAAACCUGAUUGGAGCUCAACCUCUGGCUGGCCCAAUCCCAGCCCUCGCACUGUACCCUGGGUCUUCAGCAAAGUGCACUUGGAGGAAGUGCGCAAUAAGGCGUAGCACACGAGUGUGCAAAUAACUGCUGAGUUGAAACAGUGACCG